UCAAUUCAUUUUGACAUAUGAUUGAACGCCAAGGACUCGUUAUCAUACCCCAUUGCAGGUGGUCUAAGGAUCAAUCCUUGACAGAGGCAAAUUGUAUAUUUUUAUUUUAAUAUCAUUUAUCUAAGUUUUUGUGCCAAGGAUCCCUCAUGAAUCCCCGUUGGAGGUGGUAGUUAAUCAAAGGAAACUAGGGUUUUAGACCACCAUGAAAGCACGGCGGAGAAAUGUACGGGAGGAUUGGCGCAUCAUCAUCACACGAAGCAUUACCCGAUCCAACCACUCAAUGGAGGAACCUCUCCCAAUUGAUCUCAUCUUCGAAGUACUCUCGAGAUUACCAGCCAAGUCCAUAGCCAUAUCUCGCUGCGUAUCAAAGCUAUGGGCGUCCAUGAUUCUCCGUCCAUGUUUCACAGAGCUAUUCUUGACCCGAUCUUGGGCUCGCCCGCAGGUAUUGCUCGCCUGCCAGGAUCACAAUGACGGGUUGUCGUUCUUUUCAUCACCUCAGCUCCAAAACCCAGACGUAAGCUCUUCUCCUGUAACUGCAAACUAUCACAUGACAUAUCCCUACGACGUUUCCUUCGAAAUUCCUGGCCUUCCCGUCCAUGGCCUUGUAUGUGUUAUAACUAAGCGGGUCGUGAAAAGAAGGAAAGAAACGGUGCAUGUGAUAUGCAAUCCCAGCACUGGAGAAUCUUUGACUUUACCCAAAGUAACGACGCAAAGGGUUGGUGUAAGGAAUUUGUUCGGGUAUGAUCCUAUUGAUAAACAGUUUAAGGUACUGUGCAUGACCUCGGCGGGUUGUACUGGAGAUGGAGUGUUGUAUCGAGAGCAUCAGGUUCUGACAUUAGGAACUGGAAACUUGCUGUGGAGAAAAAUCAAAUGUUGCAUACCACACGCUCCUGCGCCGGAACAAGACAUAUGCAUCAAUGGUGUCUUGUAUUAUCCAGCUAGGAAUAGCACUGCAGAGACUAUGCUAGCUUGCUUUGAUGUUCGGUCUGAGAAGUUCCGCCUGAUUACACGCAUGCAAAAACCGAGCGGGGGUUUGGAACUCUGACAAACUACAAUGGUAAGUUAGGUUUCCUUUCCUCUCAAGGGCAUGGAUCUGUUUCUGAAGGAAGUACAAGUUUGGAGUUGUGGGUUCUUGAAGAUAUCGAAAGAGAAGAAUGGU